CAGGCUUUAACUGCUUUAAUUGAGUUUAUUCUUCUUACCCACCAACCCACUUGGGAAGAUUGCCAACAACUCCUCCAGGCACUUCUAACCACAGAGGAAAGACAACGAGUCAUCUUGGAGGCCCAGAAAAACAUCCCCGGGCAGGAUGGGAGACCCACUCAGCUCCCAAAUGAAAUAAACGCAGGAUUUCCUCUGACCAGAACCAACUGGGACCCUGAAACCGUGGCAGGUAGGGAGUUUCUCUGUCUUUAUCGCCAGACUCUGUUAGCAGGUCUCAAAGGGGCCGGAAGGCGCCCAACCAAUUUGGCAAAGGUACGUGCUAUAACCCAAGGAAAAAAUAAAACCCCCGCAGGGUUUCUAGAACGCCUGAUAUAGGGAUAUCGGAUGUACACCCCUUUUGAUCCCACAGCCCAGGAGCGUCAGGUAGAUCUUAUUAUGGUUUUUAUAGGACAAUCAGCUCCUGAUAUUCGUGGUAAGCUCCAAUGGCUGGAGGGCCUUUAGGGGUACUCCUUACAAGAUUUAGUAAGAGAAGCUGAAAGAAUCUAUAAUAAGUGAGAAACUUCAGAAGAAAGAGAGGACAGAAUCAGAAAAGAGCAGGAAGCUAAAAAAGAUAAGAGAGAAAAAAAGAUAAAUAAAGAAUUAAGUCGAAUUUUGGCCACAGUAGUUCAGGGAACAGGACCAGGACUAGGUAGGAACGUGGGAGACAAGAGAAGGCCCCGAGUGGAUAAAGACCAGUGUGCCUAUUGCAAGGAGAGAGGACAUUGGGCUCGAGAAUGUCCGAAGAAGGGCUCUUCAGGGCCAGCAACAGCAAAGUUGGAGGGAGAUAAAGACAAGGGGGGACGGGGUUUGGAUCCCCUCCCCGAGCCCAGGGUAACUCUCAGAAUGGAGGGGACACCUGUGAUCUUCUACGUAGACACAGGUGCUCAACAUUCAGUGUUAACAGAGACCCUAGGGAAAUUGUCAAACAAAAGGUCUUGGGUACAGGGAGCAACUGGCAUGAAUCAAUAUUCAUGGACCACCAAAAGGAAAGUGGACUUAGGCAUGGGCCGGGUCCACUCCUUCCUAGUCAUGCCAGAUUGCCACUACCCACUCUUAGACUUGCUUACCAAAAUUGGAGCCAACAUCCAUUUUUCACCUAAUGGGUUUCAUUUAGUAGAUAAAGGAGGCCACCCCAUUCAGGUACUGACCUUGCAACUGGAAGACGAGUAUCAACUGCACCAAAAACUGGACCCACAGCCAAUGGAGGAGAUUUCUGUUUGGCUGCAGGAAUUUCCUCUGGCCUGGGCAGAGAAUGGAGGGAUGGGGCUGGCAGCCCACCGGCCACCCAUCUGGGUGGAGCUGAAACCAGGAGCCCUUCCAGCUUGGGUGAAGCAGUAUCCCAUGUCCCAUGAAGCCAGAUCAGGGACUACCCCACACAUCCGGAGGCUAAGAGAUCAGGGCAUCCUAGUACCCUGCAGGUCUGCAUGGAAUACACCUCUCCUCCCAGUAAAGAAGCCAAACUCAAAGGAUUACCGGCCAGUACAGGAUCUGAGAGAAGUAAAUAAGCGGGUCCUGGAUAGCCAUGCCACGGUGCCUAAUACCUAUACCCUUCUGAGCUCCUUGCCACCCUCCAGGAGCUGGUAUACUGUACUAGGUUUAAAAGACGCCUUCUUUAGCCUGCCCUUAGCCAAGAACAGUCAGCCAUUCUUUGCCUUCGAAUGGCAAGAUCCGGAGGUUGGUUUCAACAGACGGCUGACCUGGACUCGCCUGCCUCAGGGAUUCAAGAACUUGCCCACUCUCUUUGAUGAGGCACUUCAUGAAGAUCUGGGUGAGUACAGGCUGGAACAGCCCCAGCUCACCCUAUUGCAGUAUGUAGAUGACAUCCUGAUAGCUGCUGCUGAUGCUCUACUAUGUCAGCAAGUAACUAGGGAUUUGUUGGAGACUCUGGGCAGGCUAGGAUAUUGGGCAUGCACUAAGAAGGCACAAAUGUGUCAUCGAGAAGUGAUUUAUCUAGGGUACAUUCUAAAGGAAGGACAAAAAUGGCUCACAGAUGCUAGGAAAGAAAAGGUGCUGAAAAUUCCAGUCCCGAACAUCCGGAGAGCAGUGAGGGAGUUUCUGGAAUCAGCAGGGGUUUGCCGCCUCUGGAUCCUGGGGUUUGCUGAAUUGGCUAAGCCUCUCUAUGAGGCUACAAAAGAGAAUGAGACUUUCAUUUGGACAGGGGAAAGAGAAAGGGCCUUUAACGAAAUUAAGCAAGCCCUCCUGACAGCCCCAGCUUUGGGGCUUCCUGAUGUCACCAAGCCUUUCCACCUCUACAUAGAUGAAAAGAAAGGAAUAGCCAAAGGAGUCCUGACUCAAAUGUUAGGACCCUGGAAUAGACCGGUGGCAUACUUGUCUAAGAAUCUUGAUCCAGUAGCCACAGGAUGGCCACUGUGUCUGCAGAUUAUAGCUGCUACUGCCCUUCUAGUCAAGGAUGCGGAUAAAUUGACAUUAGGGCAAGAACUGCACAUCACCACUCCUCAUGCUGUUGAGGGAGUUCUUAAACAGCCACUGGAUCGCUGGUUGAGCAACGCCCGAAUAACCCAUUAUCAGAGCUUACUUCUUAAACCUCUGAGAAUUCGGUUCCUCCCAAGCACCGCCCUUAACCCAAUCACGCUGCUGCCCGACCUGUACUUGGAUGUUCCCCUGCAUGAUUGUGCAGUGAUCCUGAGCCAGAUACAUGAGCUCAGAAAUGACCUGACCGAUCAGCCACUCUCCGAUACAGAAGCUACUUGGUUCACUGAUGGUAGCAAUUUCAUGAAGGAUGGGCAGAGGUAUGCAGGGGCGGCAGUGGUAACUGAGACUGAGAGUUGGGCAGUGGCUUUGACAGUGGGAACCUUGGCUCAGAGGGCCAAACUGAUAGCUCUGACUGAGGCCCUUAGGAUUGGAAAGAACAGACGAUUAAAUGUGUACACAGACAGCCGAUAUGCCUUUGCUACAGCACAUGUGCAUGGAGCCAUCUACCAGGAAAGGGGGCUGCUCACAGUGGAGGGAAAAGCUAUUAAAAAUAAACAAGAAAUUCUUGACUUGUUGGCAGCUCUAUGGCUGCCUAAGAAGUCAGCUAUUAUCCACUGCCCUGGGCACCAGAAAGCUAAAACGCCCAUAGCUCGGAGAAAUCAGAGAGCAGACCGGGUUGCCAAAGAUGUAGCUCUGGAGGCCUUCCAGAUUUUGCCAAUCCAGCUGCCAGAUCCCGCCCCCCCAUCCUACCUGCAGCUUCACUAUUCCCAAGAGGAUAUAAAACUGAUACACAAACUUCCCAUGACCCAAAAGAUCGAGGCUUGGUGGCAUACAGGCGACUGUAGAAUUAUUCUGCCAAAUGACUUGGCCAAAGACCUCCUCACACACAUCCACCAAACCACUCACCUGGGUACAAGGAAAACAGCUGAACUCUUAAGAAAUGCUCACUUAAAAGUCUUGAAUCUCCGCCCACUGGUUAAUGCAGUUGCCUCUGCAUGCCUUAGUUGUAAGCUGACCAAUGCUGAAAACCAUCCUAAGGUAGGGGCUCAAAUGAGGGGCUCUAGACCAGAGGCCCACUGGGAGAUGGACUUUACAGAAUUUAAGCCAGGCAAAUAUCUACUAGUUCUGGUAGACACCUUUUCAGGAUGGACUGAAGCCUUCCCCACCAAGCAUGAGACCACUCAGGUGGUAGCCAAGACUGCUGGAAGGCAUCUUACCCAGGUAUGGCAUCCCAGCCCUUCUGAGCUCCAACAACAGGACUGCCUUUGCUUCACAGGGUCGGUGGCCCAGGUGCAUGGGGACAUAUGGCCCUGGCUGAAAGCCAUCUAUGAGGCCACUCCCCGACCUGUCCCCACAACUACCAGCCUGGCGAUCGAGUCUACAUCUGUAGACAUUGCCGAGAGACCCUGGAACCCCACCUCCUGGAUCCACCACUCUCAUGCUAAGACAGCAGACCCUGAGUUGACUGAGUCUCCAGGAGAGGAUAAGUGGACUGCCUCACCUGACCCGCAUAAUCCCCUUAAGCUAAGACUCCGGGUGGGCCCCUAA